AUGGGUGAGAAACCCUGGAUCGGCGACCGAGUCGUCGGCCCUUGGCACUUUUCGGAGACUCAGCCUGUCGCCGUUUCCGGCAAUCCACCCCCCGUUCCUGACGGAUGCUCGGAGAAAUCCGGUCUAGCCGUGGUUCGGGGCAUGGAUGAGACCAGCUACUGGUCUGAUCGAGAUGUUGCUGCUCCACGUGCCGGGAAGCCUAACAGUGUAACCGUGAAUGCGACUGCGACGCUAUUGCGCCGUGAGAUAAAAGGCCUCGCAUGUCUCUGUCUGUGUCUUGGUUUGUGGAUGGCUGGUAUUCCGAAUAUGCUUGCUCAAUUCUUAGGCCGGUCGAUGCGAGAUCAGAUGGUAUCUGUUCCGGAUCGGACGCUGCGGUUGACGAAGGAUGGCACGUUUCAGAUAAGUGUGUUUGAAGAUUUACAUUUUGCUGAAGAUUCCAAUAAGGAUGUCCUUACCAACAAGGUCAUGGAUUAUGUUCUCAACAAGGAGAAGCCACAACUUGUGGUUAUAAAUGGGGAUCUGAUCUCGGGUGAGGCUACCAAAGCCUCCAACUCCUCCGAAUAUCUCGACAAAGUUGUCUCUCCCUUGAUGAACGGGGGAUAUCUAUGGGCUUCGACCUACGGAAACCACGACAGCGAGGUAAAUCUGGACCCGCGAAAGGAUAUAUACGACAAAGAGAAACAAUAUCAGAACAGCCUUACGCAGAGCUUGGUCUCCGAUUCGGCCGCUGGAGUUACAAACUACUAUCUGCCGGUAUUUUCGCAUAAUGGAUCCGAAGGUGAUACGCCUGUUCUUUUGCUGUGGUUCUUUGACUCAAAAGGUGGACACGAGCCAACCAACCGGGUAUCGAAACGGGAAUCAAUCAAACGGGGCGACUGGGUCGAUGAAUCUGUGGUCAAUUGGUUUACGCAGACAAAAUCCAAUCUGAAGGAUAAAUAUGGGAAAGUCAUCCCGUCAUUGGCCUUCUAUCAUAUACCCGCAGAUGCUAUGCGAGUGUAUCAAGACAAUGGGGUAGAUUCUCACAAAUCUCCCGGUCUUAAUGGGGAGACCGUGGUUCAGCAAGGAUCUGGCGACAGUCCAUACACUGGACAGGACACACCAUUCAUGCGAGCUCUAUUGGAUACGUCGGGACUUAUGGCUACGUUCAGUGGUCAUGACCAUGACAACGACUGGUGUUUCAAAUGGGACGGUAAAACCAUUGCUCAGGAUCUAUCUGGCAAUGGAAUUAAUAUGUGCUAUGGUCGUCAUACCGGGUAUGGAGGAUAUGGCAAUGCUGCUCGUGGUGGGAGGCAGAUCCUCCUCAACAAGGAUAGCAUUGCAGAUGAAGUGGAAACAUGGAUUCGGCUGGAGGAUGGGACAAUCUCCGCGCAUGUCACCCUGAAUUCAACAUAUGGAAAGGAUCAAUACUCGCCUGUGACUCGGCAGGUCACAGCGAGAAUGACAGGUGGAAGUGUUAGCCUUCAUCAUUCAUCAUCUCUACUUUAUAUAACGUACUUGUGGUUUGCGAUUCUGGUUUAUCGGCAAUGGAAAGGACAGUGA